AUGAGACUGGAAUACCAAGUAGAGCUUCCAGAUUAUGACUGGGUUAUUGCUGAAAGGCAUAAGCUGAUUCCUUCAGUUUAUACAAUAUUAAAUAUACAAAAAGGCAAAUAUGGGCAUGCUAAAGCAGUAACAUACUCAGGUUCAAUAUUUAUAAGAAUCUGUAGUAAUAAAUAUGAUAGUAGUACUACGUACUUUCAUAGUAAAGAUUUUGAUGACUUGAUGAAUGAGAAACAAUUGUAUAAUUUUACUACAACAACAAAUAAGCAAUCUAAACUUGUAGUAGUGCUUCUAACUAAUAGUGGUCCUAACAAGAAUCCUUAG